AAUCCUCUAAUAACAAAAAGUUCCCGCGCUGAUUUGUCAAUGUGGUCUGGCGUACACCCACCUUGUCCUGUGGGGGGUAAACUAGGAGGAGUCAAAACUGAAGGCUGAGCCGGGCUGAGCCCAAGUUUAAUCACAAAAUGCUCGCUUCACUCGCAGGUUUUGCUGAUUCCCGUCAAUUAAUUUCACCGCUUGGCUCGCCAAUAAAGCGUUUUAUUAUGCUCCCAAAAUGGCAAAAGUUAUGUUAAAAUCAAGAAUUGUGUGAAUUUUCGUUCGCUGGAUUUUCCAAAUUACGAAAGAAGUCUAAACCGUAUUGGGUGUUGCGCCUUGACGCAGAAUGCCCCCCAAGAAGAGAGCGCAGACGAGCCCUGCCAGUGACGCCAGCAAGAGGUCCAGGCAGGGAAGCAGUAGCAGUCCUUCUCAGCGGCAAGAAGGAUCCUCAACGGAUAGCUUGGCGAUGGAGUGUGAGGUCGUGACCGUCAAGGAGGAGCCUUCGUGUCCCGAAACCAACAAUAUGAGCAGCAGCACUUCAAGUCGCAAGUUGUGGUGCCGAGACUGCGACGAGGAUGCCGCGGAGGACUGCGAGGACUCGGGCCACUCCGUGUGCUCCCUCCGCCAGCUGCGCACAGAGCAGGCCGCCCCCAAACUGCUACAGUUGGACAAUGCGGCGACGUCGGCGCGCGAGGUGGUGAAGGCCCUGCUGGACGCCAAGGGCGUGCUGGAGGCCCAGCUGGAGCAGUGGAGUGGCAGGCUGCAGCACGUCGAGGAGGCCAGGAAGGAGCUGUGGGCGGCGGCGGACGAGGGCCGGGACCUGGAGGAGCCUACACUGGAGGGGGGCCUGGAACAGCUGCUGCAGGACGCCACCACCCUCCUCCAGGCCAAGUGCCAGCUGCAGCUGCAGGUGGACUCGCCCUGCUCCACCUGGAAGGGCCAACUGCAGGUGGCGGCUCCGGGCUCCAGACGCAGUUUGCUUUGCCCACUGGUGCUGCAGAUGCACCAGGACUGGAGCCUCACCAAGAUCUUCCGUCCGGAAGAGUGUAUGCAUGUGGGGAAACUCAGCACUCAAAAAGAGCACACCCAAGAGCUGAACGAAUCCCUGCAGAACCCAGGCCUGGACAAGGUGAGGAAGCUGAGCGGACUGGACUGCAUGGAGCGGCCCAACUGGAGUACAGCGCUGCUCAAGCGCGUUGCGCCACGCGUCGAGUGGCUGAUUACUGGGAACGCCGUUCGGGAACACCUCGAGGUGAUCAGGGACAUGCCAGCGCUGCGCUGCUUGUACGUCCAUCUGAGGAACUCCGUCGAGAAUGCCCCAGACCUGCCGCUUCAACUGCAGGAACUGGAGGUGCGGAACGUUUCAGUGGAACACCUCCAGUCGGUGCAGCGGAUGCCCAGGCUGCGGAAACUCGUCUUGAACUGGUACGAGCACGGUGCGCUCGACGUGGCGUUCCCCCCUCUGCCCGCGGGUCACUGCGGCCUGCAGUGGCUCAGUGUGUACCUCCGGCCGGCCUCCACCGUCCUGUCCCUGGCCAAGGCCCACGCCGCCACACUGCAGGAGCUGCGGAUUCUGUGCGCGUCCGAGGGAGACGGUCUGUUGCACUUCAAGGACCUGGCCGAGGGGCUGCGCCAGUGCGGGCUGGUGGCGCUGCGGCGCGUUGUGCUGAUGCGUGGACCCGCUCCACGCUACCGUGACCAAAAGCUUCCCCACGCGGCAGAGUCGUGCCAACGGCAGAAGCAGUCCAGUCUGGGACAAACUAGUGCCGACGGACUCGGAGAAGCCGGUCAGAAUUGUGAAGGUGAUGUGCGAGGAUUGUGAUGAAGAGUGCCCUGCAUAUCCACCCCUGGGAGACUUCACCUGGAAAGACGAUUUUUUUCUAUCCGUUCUUUAACCUCACAAUUAAUUGUUUCAUUUUUGUCAUGCUUCUUUAGUCCCUAUUAGUUUCUACUGCCAGUUCUGUUGGCUCUAGUGCUUUGUUCUUCUUCCAGUCGUGCACAGAACGUGUCAAGAUGCAUUCUGUGCUUGUAUGGUAUGCAGCGAUGGUUCUUGGAUGUAAUUUUUAAAUAAGACGACCCUUUCCAAAGGAUGAAACUAUGGUAAUGUCUUCACAAAUUAAAGUGAGUAAUUUUAUGUAGUCCUACACAGAUUUCGUAGUGGCAGUCACAGUUGGACAUAAUUAUUAAUUUGAUGACAUAGAUUUGUUGCAGCAAUCAUAAUUAGAUACAAUCACUAUAAUUUGAUGUCACGGACAACCAAAUUACUGAUUUGUUUUUUUUUUUUUUUUUUUUUUUUAUUCGUGGCAUUGUUAAAACACAGACUUGUUUGACAUGUUAAGUUAGCUCUUUAAUUCCCACUGUCUGAUGUCCAGCUCGCAGUGUUUGGCCAAUACCAAAUGUCAGCACACAUAUGUGCUUUCAUUCACAAUCGGAGUUCUAGUUUGUUAUCUUGCUAUCCAUUAAAACCUUUUC